CGACUGGCCAGUUGAGUAUUUUACGGCGGUUGUACAAUAUUCCAAACAAAAAUCAGCACAUUACAAGGAAAACUUGUCACGAGUUAAAUAAAUUUCAAAUUUUAAUUCUACGUAACAAAAAAUUGCUGCAGAAUUAUCAAAAUAAUGGCAGCAAACUUAAUCCAAACUCCUGAUGGCGUUUUUCGAGCUAAAUUCAACACCGACUCGGAUAAUUGGUCGGUUAUUUUGCCUUAUGUUGAUCGUAGAAAGUACACGAUUGGCGAAAAGUACACCUCGUGGGAUACGCAGGGCGAAUUUGUGUUUUUCAAGACGAGCCGGAACACGGAAAAGUGGAAUUGGAGUUUCGGCCUGGAAAUUUUAUGUGAUCUUGACGCAUAUUGGGUCAAACCUGUCGAGGCCGGAGGCGGAAUUUUUAAAAACGGAGAAAAGCUGGACGACCAAGUCAAAACGAGGCUAAAUUUCGGUGAUGUAUUCACCGUCACGAAGUUUCGCAACGAUGUUUCCGGCGGACUUGCCAACUUCACGUUUAGAAAACGGGAGCACCCUAAAACUUGGGAUUUCUUGGAGAAAGCUUCUGACUCGGAUAAGGAGGAGACUGAAUUAAGUCUCAUACCGGAUCGAAAUAAAUUGAUUUUCUCCCAAAUCCUAUCCCACCUCUCCGUCCCCAACUUGAAGAACGCUCGACUAGUUUGUCGCUACUGGGACGAAGAAAUGACUCCCAUCCUGCAAAGAAAAUCCGCCAUGCAUUUCCCCAAUGAUUGGCACCCCUCCGCGUGCAACCCUUCUCUCCAAUAUUUCCGAUACAUCCACGGCAUACGAAACCCCGCAGAUUGGCCCAACUUGAAGAUAGCCCUUCCAAAACUUCCAGCCAAAGAAGACGACCCUGAAAACUGGGGGAACAAAUAUGUCACCGAUUUGAACUGGUUUCUCCAGCCGACCAGAGGCCAUCACGUCAAGACUUUGUCGUUAAGUGGGGAAAUCUGCUCCGACUCCGACUACUGUUUAUAUCUCGAUACCGUUUCCCACUUUAAGGACACCCUGGAAGAAUUAUGCGUCGACUUGGACAUUGAAAUUUGCGAUAAGAACGGCACCAAUGAGAAGGAAUAUGCAAAUCGGCUCGGCCUAUUUUUCCCCUCCUUGAAAAAGUUUGCUCUCCGAAUUUUUACCAGUUCACCAGAACUAGUGACCCUGACCGCGAGCUGGAUGACCACUUGGGCCGACGCGGUUACCCGGGUGACCUCCUUGUCCACGGGAGGGGAUGAUUUCCUCGGGUCGAGUAUUUCCAAAUGUGAGGAACGAAUGGAUGAAAAGGUUGAGGGAGAAGAUGGAUAAUACAAUAAAUUUUUGUUCCCCCUUGGUAUGAUUAUGUACGUAAUAUUAACCAUUGAUUGGAGGGUGAGCUCAUUAAUUUAAUUAAUUUAAAUACUUUACAUUUCCUAAUUACAUAAUUAAAUAUACAGUUUGAGCUUUUUGUAAUUCACUCUGUGAUUUUCAGGAUGAGUAUGAAUUUUACCUGUUUAAUAUAAAUAUCCAAUAAAUCUACAAAAUGUCAAUGUUUCAAA